AGAGCGAGAGAACGACGAUAAAAGGAAAAAAAAAAGGCGAAAAGGGUUUUCUCUCUCAAUCCCUCUCUCUCUCUCUCUCUCUCUCUCUCUCUUAGGGUUUUGGGAGCUCGUAGCGAGGGGAGCUUGGUGAGGGGGUGGCCAUGGCGGCGGAGGCGUCGAGAUCAGGGCCCUCGGCCGACUCCUACAUCGGGAGCCUCAUAAGCCUGACGUCGAAGAGCGAGAUCAGGUACGAGGGCGUCCUCUACAGCAUCAACACUGAAGAAUCCAGCAUCGGAUUGCGCAACGUACGAUCUUUUGGAACUGAAGGACGAAAGAAAGAUGGCCCACAAAUUCUUGCUAGUGACAAAAUAUUUGAGUACAUACUCUUUCGAGGAAGUGAUAUUAAGGAUUUGCAAGUUAAGUCCUCACCCCAAGUUCAACCAGCUACUUCCAUACACAAUGAUCCAGCUAUUAUUCAGUCGCAUUAUUCUCUGCCACCGUCAACAUCUUCAACAUUGCCUUCAGUUGGAGCUGCAACUGCACCAGACCUCAGUUCCCACACAGCUCAAGUGGGCCUUCAAAGCCCAGCAUUUCAAACCAAUUUGCCUCUUUACCAACCUGGUGGAGGCCUCGGUCCAUGGGCCUCUUCUCCUGCAAGCGGGCCUGGGCCCGCAAUGCCAAUGAUGUACCGGCCUGGAUAUUAUCCAUCAUCAAGCGGACUUUCUCAUUUACAACAGCCUCCUUUCCUUCGGGCCCUACCUGGAAUGUCAAUUCCCCAAUCAAUUCAACAGCCUCUUCAAUAUCCUGGACUGAAUAAUACUUCUUUGCCGUCUGGAUCAGAAAAUUUGCAAGUGUAUCCUCCUCCUUUAUUGCAGCCCUCUAGUACUAGUCUAGGUCUAACUUCUAGUACAUUAUCAACUACAUCACUGCCUACUUCAACCAGUAGUGUAUUAACUCCAGAAAUCUCAGCGAGUUCACUGCUAGAUAAGCCAGCUUUGACUUCUACUCCUAGUGCCAGUCUCCCUUUUGUGACUUCACAAACAACAUCUAAUGUUGAGCCCGGCCCAACUUUAGCCCAAAUUCAAAAUCUGACUUCUCUUGCAAGCAACAAACCUGGUUCUGCUCCUGGUCCAACAUUGCCUUAUCAAACUAUGCCUCAGAUGGCCUCACUUGUUGCUUCAUCUAGUUCAAGCCCAGUCGAGACAUUGUUACCUUUAGUUACUCCGGGUCAACUUCUACAGAUGGCUUCCUCCACAAUCGGUUUACCUCAAUCCUCGCAAACGAACCAUAAAGAACAAGAAGCUAAGCAAGUAGAAACUAAGAACGAGCCUCUAUUGCCUGAGCCAUCAGUUCGUGCUGCAGCUGAAAUUAGCGAGCCAAUACUGCCAUUGCCUAAACCAGUUGUUCAGAAGACUAAUGGAGCUGCUUCAUAUACCCAUCACAACUAUAGGGGAAGGGGAAGAGGAAGAGGAAAUGGGUACUCUCGCCCUGUGACGCAAUUUACCGAGGACUUUGAUUUCAUAGCAAUGAAUGAGAAGUUUAAAAAAGAUGAGGUAUGGGGUAAUCUCGGCAAAAGCAAAGCCCAAGUAAGAGAAAAGGAUGGAGAACUAAAAGAGGAUGAAGAUUAUGAUGUUGAAGAGGAUGAUGAAAUAGAAGCUGUAAAGCCAGAGAGCAAGCCUGUUUAUGUCAAGGACGACUUUUUUGAUUCACUCUCUUGCGCCACGCUUGAUCGGGGAAACCGUAACGGACGGACCAAGUUCUCGGAGCAGAUGAAAAUAGAUACAGAGACCUUUGGCGACUUUCCGAGGCAGAAUCGGGGUUUCCGUGGCAGCGGCAGUCGCGGUUUUCGAGGCGGCGGUCGCGGCCGAGGCCCCUACUAUGGCGGCCGGGGGUACGGCUACAUGGGCAGGGGGCGCGGCUAUUCUACCCCAAAUCGCAGCUCCUAUUGAUCAGGAAUCGCCACAAAAACCUAGAUGAAAUCUAGAGAUGGGACUUCUAAUGUCGAGCACUAUCCCUGUAUUGUGUGUAGCCUCAUUUCAGGAAAUCUCAGAAUCCAUGCUAGUCCAUAUAUAAUACCUGGAAAUUUAAGUGAUCAAUCAGGAGAUUAGCAUGGUGGGUACUCUUUUUUUUUAACAAAAAUAGAAAUAACUUUUAGUUUCAGCGUGUCGGGCAGUGUCGCCUUUAAUCCAAAGAAAAAGGGGAAGAAAUAUUUGACUUAGUGUGGUCACUCCAGAUUCACAUAUGUUUCUUUUAUGUAGUAGUAGUAUGAUGUCCUUAAAAGAGUCACUUAACGAUGCUCUUAGAUGUAAGCUUUUGUGGUUGUGUUUAGGGGAGGUUAAAAGUACUCCUCUCUUUUAUGUUUGGGUAAAUGUAAGAAGAAGAAGAAGAAGAAGAAGAAGAAGAAGAAGAAUCAGUGUUGUAGACUUUUUAGGUUUGCUUUAAUUAUGUUUUUUUGUUUUUCUUUUUUUUAGUUAAGAGGUGUGACUUUUUAAAGCCUUUUCUGUUUGUAGUGGAGUGGUGUAUUUCUCUUUCUCAUCUGAAACCCUAGUAGGAGCUUGUGCUUAAUUGCUCUUUGACUUACUAUAACUUUGAUUAGGUAAAAAGGAAUUUCAAAGUUGUGACUUUUGUUGAUGA